UGCACGUUCUCGCGCCCCCGCCCCUCCUAUGUUUGUCACGGACAGCGCGGCAAAGAGACAGUCAGAGACCGCUAAGAAGAGACUGUUGAAGUGUUCUGAAGAGAGAAGGGAACCGGACGGGUUGUAAGAGACAGCCAGCACACUACCAUUAAGCAAACUCUCCAUAUCUGACAUUAUGAACCCGAGCUGUGCCCGCUGCGGCAAGAUUGUCUACCCGACUGAGAAAGUCAACUGCCUGGACAAGUUUUGGCAUAAAGCAUGCUUCCACUGCGAGACCUGCAAGAUGACUCUGAACAUGAAGAAUUACAAGGGAUAUGACAAGAAGCCAUACUGUAGCGCACAUUAUCCUAAACAGUCUUUCACCACAGUGGCUGACACUCCAGAAAACCUUCGCUUGAAGCAGCAAAGUGAGCUGCAAAGCCAGAUUCGCUACAAGGAAGACUUUGAAAAGAAUAAGGGCAAGGGAUUCAGUGUGGUAGCUGAUACACCUGAACUUCAGAGAAUUAAGAAGACGCAAGAUCAAAUCAGUAAUAUUAAAUAUCAUGAAGAGUUUGAGAAGAGCCGGAUGGGUAGUCUCUCCAUUGAUGCAGGAGAUGAACGUAGAGGUUCUGAAGAUGGUGGCAAUUAUCGCCGAACUCCCUCAGAGAGCAUGCCCCCCCAUCAAUCCCCAGCCAGUAGCUCAGCAUAUCAACAUCAGCGACAGCAGCAACAGCAGCCGCCUAAAUAUGGUUACCAGGAGCCAGUGACUCCUGUCACUACCCAGCACUCAGCCCCUGCAGGAGGAAAGCGCUAUCGAGCUGUCUAUGAUUAUAAUGCAGCAGAUGAAGAUGAGGUGUCCUUCCAAGAUGGUGAUACAAUUAUCAACGUGCAGCAGAUCGAUGAGGGGUGGAUGUACGGAACUGUUGAGCGCACCGGGGACACGGGCAUGCUUCCUGCCAAUUAUGUUGAAGCCAUCUGAACAGAAGAACAUGCUUUCUCUUUCUCACAGAAAAUCAUGAAUCAUUCCAGUGCAUUCCUCUCCCAGCAAUGGGAAGGAUUGGCUCCAAUUCUCUUUAUAGCAUUCUCUCUUGAAGGCCUUUCAACUGUCCUUUGUUGGAAGAAGAGAAAAUUUACCUCUGGCUUGAUCUUUUAGACACUGGAGGGACCACAUUAGGCAGAGGUCUCCCUCUUCAAAACCUCCCUUCUUUAUUUUAUUUUCUGUCUGACUGACUUGUUUAUGCGCUUUGCACUAUUAUAAAAAAUACUUUUACAGGUUAUAAAGGAGCGGACCAGUCACUGGGACAUAUCCCCUCCCCCCCCCCCCCCCCUUUUUUUUUUGCCUUCUCCAUCAUUCUACUUUGUGAAUUUCUAAGCUGAAACUGAGAAAAAAGUCUGACCAUUUAAAAUAUGGCUUGCCAAUUUGUAAAGGUUUCUCUUUUUUUUGUUUUUAGAUGGGAACAGUUAGCCUCAAGUAGCUUACAUAGCUAAAUUAAGAAGUUCAGUAUAGAAAUAAUACAAGGAUGUAUAAUGCUUGUACACCUCACUAAUAGCUUCAGAUAGACCUUUGGCAGUGGCACGUCAACUUGCAGGACUUCCCAUUAUUUCUUCUUGGCUUACCCUGAAUACUGAAACAUUAGUUGUAAAUCUGUUAACUCUGGCUGGUUUAAGAAUGGUUAAACAUGGGCUUAAGUUGAGGUGUGGUCCUGGGAACCCUAGGGAUAUCACUGAUGUGGAAGGAUGGCAAAUUUUUCAUACUGGUAUUCAUUAUGGACAACAGUCUUUUAAAGCAGACACCAGUAAGCACCCUCUGUUCUCUCUAAAAAGCACCUCUGACAGUCCACAAUAUCAACUGUUGUGAUUAACCUUUCCUUACCAGAAAUUUAAAAUAUAAAUUUAGUAUAGUGGAAAAAUAAACGGCUUGAAAGAUUUAAUUAUAAUAUUGUUAAAGUACUUAAUUUACAUUAAUUUUUGUUUUCCACCAGCUUGAUAUGUUUUAUAAAUUUGUGUAUAUAUCUUUUCUUUUCCAUUUUGUUAGGCCACAGUUGAAUUCAGGAGAAAUGAGAAGAAUUAAGAAAUUUUUCAUUGUGAAAUUGAACAAAUGUGGAGUUCACAAAGUUCAUUUUUUGACCCUUGCGUAUCUAACUUUUCCCUAGUGACACCAUCCAUUGCCUUUAAAGUUUUUUGUAGUGGAUAAAGAACCUCUACUGUAGGUUGUCUGGUGAUAGAGAGGUGCAUUUUUGCCUUGUGGCACAAAGCCUAAUGUGAUUUAGUGCUGUGCUACAUUUUGUUUCAGCAGUCUGUGUGAAAUAUUUCUGUUAGUGAGUUUCAAGGUGCAGCUGUUUCUAUGAUACAUUUACUUAGUAAAAAGAACAUCGGUCUUCUGGCGCCAACUUACUACACGUGUUUAUUUUACCAUAUGCCAUUUGAGCCAAAAAUCUGCUGCCUUUUGCUUUAUCUGCCUUAUAUACUCUAAUAUAUUCCCUCUCAGGCUUUAUCAGUUCAUGGUCUGUCGUAGUGCAUUUUGAUGUAAUGGUGCUCUCAGACAAAAGCUGAGCUUGAGAAAGGAGGCAGACUGCAGCAUUGAGUAUCAAGCACAAGUCAUUCCAGUAUUCCUAAUAUUACAUUUAAAGCACAAUUACAAUUGUAGUAACUGGAACACAAUGUGAAUACCUGUGGAGGGACAGAUAAUUCCACAAAACACCUGAAAGAAAUGCUAUGUACAUUCCUUUAUAUGCAGUGUAACAUAUUUCAGAAUCAGAAGUGCUAGAUGGUUUUAUAUGUGUGGUAAUGAAAGAGCUGUAUUUCUAAAAAGAGACACAAACACUAUACAUAUAGCUUAUUGGCAAUGGUGGAAUUGCAAGUAUCUUUAUGCCCAACGACUGAUCAUGAGCACAUUCUCUUCUAAUUGGACCAAAUUCUUUUCUGUCCUCCCUCAUUCAAUGCACUUUUACUAUUACUCUAGUGCGGGAUUGUAGAAUGCAGACAUCAUGUCCCCACAUGUCUUCACCCCCCCUCCCUCUGCAGCCUUACAGUCUUGUGUAUGUAUCAAUCAUUCCUUAACCUACUUUUUUCAUUUUAUUUUCUAAUUAAUAUUAUCCCUAGCUGGAAAAGCCUUUGUACCAAAUUGCUUGGGCCUAUAAUCAUUUAAAAAGAAACAAUCAUGCAGCUACCAAGAGAAGCUUUCUCAGUUUACCUUAAAUUUAAAAUAAAAUAAAAGUAUCAUUUUUAA